CCACUUGCGCUGGCCAACAUGGCGUCUCGGAGAUCUCGCCCCGCCUCAGAACAUGACAGUGAUGAUGAUUCAUAUGAAGUACUGGAUUUAACAGAAUAUGCGAGGCGUCAUCAUUGGUGGAACCGGGUAUUUGGAAGAAAUUCUGGACCUAUAGUAGAAAAGUAUUCUGUAGCUACCCAGAUUGUAAUGGGUGGUGUAACAGGCUGGUGUGCAGGAUUUUUAUUCCAAAAGGUCGGAAAGCUUGCAGCAACUGCAGUAGGCGGUGGCUUUCUUUUGCUACAAAUUGCUAGUCAUAGCGGCUAUGUACAGGUUGACUGGAAAAGGGUUGAGAAAGAUGUAAAUAAAGCAAAAAGACAGCUCAAAAAGAGAGCAAACAAGGCAGCUCCUGAAAUCAGCACACUGAUUGAAGAGUCAACAGAAUUUAUUAAACAGAACAUAGUGGUUUCUGGUGGGUUUGUUGGAGGCUUCUUGUUGGGCCUGGCAUCUUAAUGGACAUGGCGUUGGUCUUCCUGCUGGCGCUUAACCCUGGUAAACAAGAAUAGUAGCGAUGCACGGUCUUUAAGCAAGGCAGUCGGAGUCGCUCACUAAUCACUGCAGACCAAGAUGGGUGGAUUUACCAGACAAGUUGGAGUAUUUUACAUUUUAGACUAUUGCAAUCUCAAGCUUGCUGAAGCAGGCCUGCUGAAAAUCUCUGCGGUAUGUACAAGUAGCAU